ACAGUAAAACUGUAAAAGCAUCUAAUUAGUCUCUCAUUUCUGGCCACUCACUCUUCUCCUUCCUCACUCUCCACCACAUUCUCUUUGCUCCAUUUGUCUCCAUCACAGAAAACCCCUAUAAAUACCCAAACCCCCGCCCCACGUCAUGCCCCUACUCUUCUUCCCCAGAACCACCACCGCUCUCUUCCUCUCCCCCAAAUUCAAAUUCCCCAAACUACCCAUGGCCGCCGCCACUAACACAACUCUCUCCGCCGCCGCACCGCCGCGGGCUCGCCUCCGCGGCGUGGUCUUCGACAUGGACGGAACCCUAACGGUCCCCGUCAUCGAUUUCGCGGCAAUGUACAGGGCCGUGCUCGGCGAGAAGGAGUACAUCAGAAUCAGGGCGGAGAAUCCUUCCGGGAUUGAUAUCCUUCAUCACAUUGAGGGCUGGAGCAAUGAUAGGCAGCAGAAGGCUUACGAGACCAUCGCCGAUUUCGAGCGCCGGGGACUCGAUCGCCUCCAGAUCAUGCCUGGUGCUGCAGAACUUUGUGAUUUUCUAGAUUCUAAAAAUAUAAGGCGGGGAUUAAUCACACGCAAUGUCAAGAGUGCGGUGGAUUUGUUUCAUGAACGGUUCAGGUUGUCAUUUUCUCCAGCUCUGAGCAGGGAAUUUCGACCUUACAAACCGGAUCCAGCUCCAUUAUUGCAUAUAUGUUCAGCCUGGGAAGUUAACCCUAGUGAAGUAAUGAUGGUUGGAGAUUCCCUUAAAGAUGACGUGGCUUGUGGGAAACGAGCAGGAGCAUUUGCGUGCUUGCUUGAUGAAGUGGGCAGAUAUGACUCUCCGGAAUUCGCCAAUGUACAUCACAAACCAGAUUUCAAGGUGUCUUCCCUAACAGAAGUCCACUCGAUAUUGGAAAAACAUUUUGACUUGGCACCUUGAUCACAAAUCCAUUGCCAACCAGUUCCACUGUGCGAAGAACCACAGUCUUGUUGGAUGCGUUGUUCUUAGCUCCCGAAAGAACUAUAGUGUAAUAUAGGGAGAGAAAUAUAAUUCGGAAGGAAUUCGUUGAAGCCGGCGUUUAGGCAGACAAAAAGGCUAAGUAAUGCCUCUGUAAUACAUUUUACAAGACCGGCUAUGUAUCGGCCUAGUAUCAUGCUACAUUACCAGUUAGUCAAUUACCACGAACUUAGCUCAAGUAAGAUAAUACAAGGGAUAUCAUUUACCCCAUCAACUCCUAACUUUGUACCCUUUGGAAUGUCUUUGUAGUUGUACAUGAUAGAUUGUUGUUUUGCCUGUAAUGAAUUAUCUAUGUUUCAGCC